AUGAGUUUAUUCAAAGGGAACAACAGAUGGGGAAAGAUUUGUAAGGGCUGCACAAACCCUGAUCAUCCUGUCAAUAAGUGGAAUUUUUCCACUUUUUUUUCCAGAAUAGAAUACUUUUGCCUCAGGAGUCCAAUAACAUGCUCGACAUGUAUUCGCACAUUCACAAUUCCUUGUGUUCAUUCCACAUCAAGUGGAUCAAGUUGACUCUUUCCUCCAGUGAAGGCAGGAAUAACUAA